UGCAGCAGGAUCCAGGUGUGUUAACACUGUUCACCUGCAGGCUGCUAACAUGACUUUCUUCAAGUGCAUGCUCGGUCUCCUCGUCCUGCUCGUGGCCUCUGACUGCUCCUGGGCUGAGGACAAGGAGCUGUCUGUCUCUGAGCUCCUGUGGAGGGCCAACAAGGAUGUUGUGCACAGGGAGGACGAGCCCCUCGUCAUAGAUGACAUCGCUUAUGACAAUGAAAAUGAGAGAAACGCUGAUCCCUGCACCUCCCAUGGCUGCAUGUGGGGAAAGUCCAGCGAUGGGAAGGUCUACGUGCCGUACGUCAUCGCAUCACAUUACUCCUCUCGUGAGCGCUCCAUCAUCGAACGCGGGCUGGUGUCCUUCCACGAUGUCUCCUGCAUUCGCUUCGUCAGACGCUCCAACCAGAGGGACUACCUGAACAUCCAGUCAGACAGCGGCUGUUACUCCUACGUCGGCCGCCGUGGUUAUUCCCAGACGCUGUCCCUGGACCGCCAAGGCUGCCUCUACCACAGCACCGUCCAGCACGAGCUGCUCCACGCCCUCGGCUUCAACCACGAACAGUGCCGCUCCGACAGGGAUCAGCACAUCCGCAUCCUGUGGCAGAACAUCCAGCGCGGUUGGGAGUACGCCUUCGACAAGAUCAACACUCUGAACCUGAACACCCCCUACGACUACAACUCUGUCAUGCAGUACCACAGGUAUGCCUUCUCUGGGAACAAUCAGCCCACUAUGGUUCCUAUCCCCAACGCUAAUGUUGAAUUCGGCACGGCCACCCAGAUGAGCAAGAACGACAUCAGCAGGCUGAACAAGCUGUACAAAUGUUAAACAGUGAUGAGAACAAACCUGACGACACAGUGCCAAUCAGACGUCGACGCAGAGCUCUGUAACAAACUGAGACACUGAAUCCACAAUAAACCUUUAAACAUGA